CUACUCCGACGAGCGGCGCUUCUUCUGGACGCGCGCGCUACACGUCUGGUCUGUCUAUCGUUCAGACGAGCACCUCAGCGCGCUACCAAGCUUGCGGGAGGUCAGAAUAUUCCAGACACGGGAAUAGCUAGAAAGAAACGCACUUCAAGAACGCAGAAAAAGGAUUAUAAAAGGAUUUAAAACCAACAACAAGAGCAAUACGUAUAAAGAAGCGCACAGACAACAAGUGGCGCGUGAGGACAAUCCUUAAUAAAUCUGGCGUCGCAGAAGCGGGGAUGAAGCUGCUGCGCCCGGGCUCCGGUUUCGGCAUGGCGGGCUGGCGGCUGGUGUGCGUCGUUGUGGCGCUCGCGCUGUGGAGGCCCGCGGAGUCGUGUCCCGCCGCCUGCAUGUGCACGGGCUUUAGAAUUUACUGCGCCGACACCGAGCGCGGCAUUGCGGCUUUCCCUGCGCUCAGCGAGCCUGAGAUGGAGAACAUCACCGACAUAUAUAUUGCUAACCAGAGCAGCUUCUCCUCCAUCAACGAUAAAGACCUGACCUUCUACCGCAACCUCAGAAAUCUGACGGUGACCAACACGAGGCUGACGUAUGUGUCGCGGCAGGCGUUUCAGAACAACGCCAAACUGCAAUACCUGAACCUGAAGGAUAACAAUCUGUCAUCGCUGUCCUGGAAGACUGUUCACCAUCUGAACAUUUCCUACUUGCUGCUCUCAGGAAACCCGCUGCAGUGCUCUUGUGAGAACAUGUGGAUGAAGCAGGGGCGAGGCGAGGAGUCGGAGGCAGCCGAGCUCAUGUGUGUGGAGGAAGGAGGGAAGAGGAGGCAUCUGUCCAGGCUCACUCUGCCCAACUGUGUUGUCCCUACUGUCAGUCUCCGUCCUAAAAGCGUCUCCCUGAUGGCAGGUUCAAACAUAACCCUGACUUGUAAUGCCUCAGGAAUGCCAACACCUGAACUCAACUGGAUCACCUGCCCACUUAAUUCAAGCCAUGAGAUUGUUACUACGGGACAGUCGUCCACUCUCAGACUCAAAGAUCUCUCAUCCCUUGACAACGAAUGUAAAAUCGCGUGCAGCGCUGAGAACACAGCCGGGGAGAAUGAAGUCUCGCUGCUCCUUGACAUUCACUUCCCUCCGUCAAUCAGCAAGCUUAUGGACGCCAUCCCCGACCACCACUGGUGCAUACCCUUUAGCGUAUCUGGCAACCCACAGCCGAAGCUGCACUGGCUGUUACGGAAGGAGCCUCUAAUUGAGGGGGCCUUCAUCAGCACCCGAAUUCACGAUUACUCUGAGCACGAGUAUCAUGGCUGCCUGCAGCUCGACAGCCCCACACACAUCAAUAACGGCGAAUACACGCUGCUGGCUAGCAACCCUUACGGCAGGGACCGCAAAUCCGUAUUCGCCCACUUUAUGCACAACCCGUGGAACGACACAACAGCCACAGAUUCUCUCUACUACGACCCCACUACAGAUGACACGCCUCUUGAGCCACCUGAGGAUCGAGUUGCUGUGUACGUGGUCGUGGGAAUCGCCGCCAUCACAUUCACCGGCUUUGUCCUGAUGCUCAUCGUCCUCAAGUUUGGCCGCAAUUCAAAGUUUGGAAUUAAAGGCCCUUCUUCAGUCAUUAGCAACGAUGAUGACUCAGCCAGUCCUCUACAUCACGUGUCAAACGGCUCAAACACGCCGUCGUCCUCGGACAUGAACCCCGAUGCCGUCAUCAUCGGCAUGACCAAGAUCCCCGUCAUCGAGAACCCACAGUACUUCCGUAGCACCAACAGCCUUCUUAAAUCCGACACCUUUGUCCAGCACAUCAAGAGGCACAACAUUGUGCUCAAGAGGGAACUCGGUGAAGGGGCCUUCGGAAAAGUCUUCUUGGCUGAAUGCUACAAUCUUAAUCUUUCACAUGACCAGGAUAAGCUCCUCGUGGCAGUCAAGACUCUUAAGGAAGCCAGCGAGAACGCACGCAAAGACUUCCACCGUGAAGCCGAGCUCUUGACCAACCUGCAGCACGAUCACAUCGUCACCUUCUACGGCGUGUGUGUGGAGAGCGACCCUCUAAUUAUGGUGUUUGAGUAUAUGAAGCAUGGAGACCUCAAUAAGUUCCUCAGGGCUCAUGGUCCUGACGCUGUGUUAAUGGCAGAUGGUCAGGUGCAGCAGCAGGCCGAUCUCACACAGUCUCAGAUGCUACACAUUGCUCAGCAGAUAGCAGCAGGGAUGGUGUAUCUGGCCUCGCAGCACUUUGUGCACAGAGAUUUGGCCACACGUAACUGCCUCGUUGGUGAGAACCUUCUGGUGAAGAUCGGAGACUUUGGCAUGUCGCGUGAUGUGUACAGCACAGAUUAUUACCGGGUGGGUGGUCACACCAUGCUGCCGAUCCGCUGGAUGCCACCGGAAAGCAUCAUGUACAGAAAGUUCACCACUGAGAGUGACGUCUGGAGCCUGGGAGUAGUGCUGUGGGAAAUAUUUACCUACGGGAAACAGCCAUGGUACCAGCUCUCCAACAACGAGGUGAUUGAGUGCAUCACUCAGGGUCGUGUGUUGCAGCGGCCGCGCACUUGUCUGAAGGAGGUUUAUGACCUGAUGCUGGGAUGCUGGCAGCGAGAACCACACUCUCGCCUCAACAUCAGAGAGAUUCACAACCUGCUGCUCAACCUGGCCAAGGCCUCUCCUGUCUACCUGGACAUCCUGGGAUGAGUGUGUGUGAGUGUGUGUGUGUGUGUGUGUAUGUAUGUCCAAACUGCAAUCUAUAUUCCAUUCCCCUUCUUGUCCUUUCCUGUCCCUUACAAUUCCGUCCAUCCUGCUCGUCCUAUCCUAAAGGUCUAGUGCGGUAAGCAGCAGGAGCCUCAUUUAUCGGUAUUAUUAAAGAAGGACUGAAACGUGACACCAAAGACCUUCCGUGCCGUCGGACCACUCCUCUACUGGGCAGACACUUACUGUACAGCCACUAGAAAUGUUACUGUAAAUAUCGUCUUCUCCAGAACGCAUCAUUUCCAGGACUUCAGGAAGGGCCUUCCUCUCACGUUCUGCCAACUUUACAAAAUGUGUGGAAAUGUACCGUGACUGUGUCAGCCAGGGGAAAAGGAUCUCCGAAGGCUGCUUCAUCUGAUCCUCCCUGAACAUGUGCAUAUGUAAUAAAUACAGUUCUAAAGCGAGAGGUUUGGCAGUAGCACGGAGACCUUGAUAUCAAAACGCAGUAUGCUUUUACACUUCCAAGAUUUUUACAGAAAAAUUGUGCAGGAUUGUAGUCUUUAGAGCACUGAGAGCCUUCACGGUGGUCCUCAUAGUGCACUACUCUGAGUGCGGGGGAUAUCGAGUCAUUUGAGACAAGGCCAUGCCCAUUCUUCAAUAUGGUUAGUGCACAUUUCGGACAAGGGCCCAAUUACACAGAGUGGCUGAUUAUGAUGGGGUAGGCUAAAUUACGACCCCACCCCUCCCACUACCCCCUUCCUCCCUCCCUCCCUCCCUCCCUCACUCCUGCCUCACUUGAAUGAUCAGAGUUGAAGCAGUGAUGUAGUACUCAAGCCGGGAGCACGCAGCUGUUAUGGUGUAAUAUAUAUUUCAUUACAGUACUAAUGUCUGCUAUUAGCACCUACUCCCCAUAGACUCAUACAGAACAUAGAUGGGAUAAAAGGAAAGGAGGGGGAAAAAUGGCAAAAAAAUAUUUUCCAAAUAGCAAGUGUAUUUGUUGUAUUGUUACACAAUCCCGAGACUUCUAGUCAUUGAUGCACUUUUUAAUAACAAGAGUUCCGAAAACAACGUUUCAGCCACAAGAACCCUGUUAUUAAUUAAUGAAUUAAUUUAUUUAUUUAUUUAUUUAUUUAUUUUUGUGAUUUUAUUUAUCUCUGCUUAGUUAUUAGGAAAAACAUUUCUUAGUAUGUAAGAAAGCAAAAAGUGUAUGAUUUAUUUAUUUAUUUAUUUAUUUUUCAAACACACACACACACACAUUUGUAAUGGAUUUAACAAGUCUACACACCAACUGCCUGUUAAAAUGGCAUGUUUUUUGGUUUUGUGAGGUAAAAAAAAAAAGAUUAAUCAUGUCAGAAGUUUUUACACUUUCAAUGUGAAAAUCUGAAAAGCAAGCAAAAACAUUUGGUUUUGUUUUUUUAGGUUUCUAAAGCAAGAUGCUGCCACCACCGUGCUUUUAUUGUGAAUUUUUUUUGGAAUUGGACUCAUCAGAUGGCACACAUUGACAAAUGAUUUGUGAUGAUUUAAUGAAGCAUGGGUGGGUUUUUUUGUGAGAAAAGGAUUUUCUCUAGCUGUCCUACCCCAUAACCCAAACAAGGGAUGAACAUGAGAUAAUGUUGACAUGCAGAAAGUAAUCUGUAAUUGUCAGAUAUUCCUGCAGUUUGUUUAAUGCUGUUGUAGCUCUCUUAGAAGCAUCCCUGGUUAGUUUUUGUCUUGUCCUUGUAUAUUCAUUGGAAUUGACAUAGAAACAGAGUUUAAAAUUAAAUUACUAUUUAUCUCUAACAUCUACAACAGUCAGAGGAAAUCAUGAAGAUUUUCUGUGAGAAAAUCAUACAAAAACAUUUGAAGUUAAUCAGAAUAAUUGAUAUGACAGCUGCUAAGAUAAUGACUUUUGAAUAUGAGGCCAAUGAGAUUCAUUCUGAACACAUCCUGGAUUAGAACACGUUGGACUAACACCAAUGCAUGCAAGAUAUUGUUUAACAGGUUUACGAUUAAUUAUUUUCACAUAGAUUUUAUACAUUUUAAAUGUAACGUUAAGGGUUAAAGUUCUGAAAGUUCUGACAUGAUUUUUCUUUUUCAUUUCUUUCCACCACA